AUGGCCUGCUCACGGACCUGUUCCCGCAUCCUGGGGCUCAGCCUCGGGACGACAGCCCUGUUUGCUGCUGGGGCCAACACGGUGCUCCUCUUUCCUGACUGGGAUGUGACCUGUCUGUGGAGGGGCCUCAUUGGCAAGCACGCCAUGCUGGGCGCUGGGCUCUGGGGAGGAGGCCUCAUGGUUCUCAUGGCAGCCACCCUCAUCUCCCUGAUGGGCUGGAGACGUGGCUGCUUCAGUAAGAGUGGGCCCUGCCGAAGCAUGCUCGCUGCUCUAUUAUCAAGUGGCCUGGCUUUGCUGGGAGCCUUGAUUUGCUUUAUUACUUCCGGAGUAGCCCUGAAAGAUGGCCCAUUUUGCAUGUUCGAUAUCUCAUCCUUCAACCAGACGCAAGCUUGGAAAUAUGGUUACCCAUUCAAAGGCCUACACAGCAGGAAUUAUUUAUACGACCACUCCCUCUGGAACUCCGUCUGCCUGGAGCCUUCGAAAGCUGUCGUUUGGCACGUGUCCUUCUUCUUCGCUCUUCUGUGCACCAGCCUCCUCCAAAUCCUCCUGGUGGUCAUUCAUUUCUUCAACGCCUUUCUGGGCCUUUUCUGCAGUCUCUGUGAGAAGCCAUAG